AGAACAGCAGACUGAUCCACACAGGCAGCAGCCAGUGAAUGAGACUCAGGCGGGGAGAGGAGGAACAGGGCAUGUGUAAAAGUGUCCAGUAACCAGGGACAACCAUAGAAGCACAGCAGCAGCAGUGGCUCCCAGGGAGGCAGAUCCUGCAGAGAGGGGAGAAGGAGGCCUGAGUCAGCCUCCACAGUAGCAGCAAGCAGACUCUCCCAGCCUCUACACUGUCAGGGGCACAGAGCAGUGAUAUCUGAGCUGCAGCAGAGGCACAAAGACAUCUAGCCAGGUAGCACACCCAGACACAGAGCACUCUCCCCCCUCUGAGGAGGCUGGAAGGAGGCUGGGAAAGGGCCUCGACUCAGGAAGGUCUGGGAACUGGAGGCUGCAAUUCAUGAAUUGACCAUCAGUUCUCACCAUGGGGAAAUCUAACAGCAAACUGAAGCCUGAGGUGGUGGAGGAGCUGACCAGGAAAACCUACUUUACGGAGAAGGAGGUACAACAGUGGUAUAAAGGCUUCAUCAAGGAUUGCCCUAGUGGUCAGCUGGACGCUGCAGGAUUCCAGAAGAUUUACAAACAGUUUUUCCCAUUUGGAGACCCCACAAAAUUUGCCACUUUUGUCUUCAAUGUUUUCGACGAGAACAAAGACGGGCGGAUUGAGUUUGCAGAGUUUAUCCAGGCCUUGUCUGUCACCUCGCGCGGGACCCUGGAUGAGAAACUGAGAUGGGCAUUUAAACUGUAUGACUUGGAUAAUGAUGGGUACAUCACACGAAAUGAGAUGCUGGACAUUGUGGAUGCAAUUUAUCAGAUGGUGGGUAACACAGUAGAGCUGCCCGAGGAGGAGAACACGCCAGAGAAAAGAGUUGACCGGAUUUUUGCAAUGAUGGACAAGAAUUCAGAUGGUAAACUGACUUUGCAGGAGUUUCAAGAAGGAUCAAAGGCAGACCCCUCGAUUGUGCAGGCACUAUCUCUGUAUGAUGGUUUGGUAUAGGGAUCACUCACCACAGCUGUGUGUAAAUGCCCUGGGUAAUAUUAUCCUUCCUGUACCACCAGACCAUGUCAGCAGCUUAUCUUCCUCUUUUCAAUCACUCCCACAUGACGCAAGGACGAGGUCACCCAUUCCAGCCAGCCCUCUCCUCUCCUGAGAUCCUUCACACGGGGCGCUGGUGGCCCACCGGAGAGCGCAGGAAUGCCAUCCACAGCUAUGUCCCGGUACCAAACGUGCUUCAGUUUUCCUGACGUCCCAUCUCCUUCCUGCUGCUUCUUGUGUUUCCUUGCGCUCUGAGAGGAUUGCCUAUACACAAGGAAGAACCAGCCCUUCCCCCUUGGUCCUGGACUAUGUUCCAGCGGUCCACCCUGGGAAUGAACAAAUCCUCAAACUGUAUGACUGGGUAAUGGAGGAGCGGAGGCAAAAGGUGAUGGUUGCAGGAGAGGACAUACGAGACUAAUUAAGGUUGUCUUGCAGUAUUUUUAGAUACAAGGACAUUCUUGGGGACAUCAUAGGAGAAUGCUACUAAAGGACGCGGCUGGUUCUGUGUUUGUCAUACGCACGGCAGUCCAUGGAUUUGGGUCAAUUUACAUGAUGCUGAAUUGUGCUUUUUUUUGUGAAUAAGUGAUUUUUUUAUACAUAUAUAUAGCUAAUGUUUUUAUUUAUUUUUAAUGUAGUUAUCGUCACCUGCUUUUAUCGGAUAGGUGAGGGAAAAAUGUGUAUUGGCUGCAAUUCACCUCUCUUGUUUUGGGUGUUUCAUAGUCCAUUAAUACACAUAUACCUUAUGCAAUGGAAGGGUCAUCAAAUACAUGACAGCUUUUUAUUA